CUGCUCGGCUUGACCGCUCGACGAUGGGCCGCUCAAAUCAGUUUGUUUGUAGACUCAGACGUCGACGGACGUGUGCGUUCGUUAAAAGAAACCGGAGACUAAGAACGAUCCACGAGAUACAGAUACCGAUAUCGCAGCAGUGAAAGUGUGCCGCAGCGGAGACACGGAUACAACAGCAGAGAUAUAGAUACAAAUAGAGAUUACACCCGCCAGUCGACCGAUAUAAAAGUAAACCAUGGAGGAAUUGCCGCGCGCAUUAAACUACGAACUCUCGCACGAUUUGCAUUUCGAUCAUUACGCCGGUGCCGCAGCUCAGAAGAUUCUGAACAGCGGGAGAAGUUCUCCUGAAGCCUCCACGCCGACCAUCACCACAUUGGAUGCCAUCUCCAGCAGUGAUUUCCUGAAACAGAUUGGCCAGCAGAUCCUCACUUCCAUUCAACUGAAACAUCAGCAUCAGCUGAACGAAGUCAGCCAUCCGAGGAAUUCCACCAGCGAGGAGAUCAUGGAUUUCGAUCUGGCCAAUCGGGUGAUUCUGGACAGCAGCAGUGUGGAUCAGCUGCAGCAGCAGUUGGAGUACGAUAAAUUCAUGAACGAGGUGUGGAUCGGCAUCGUCUUCACCCUGAUCCUCAUCUCGAUGGUCUUCUGCAUCUGCUCCUGCUUCCUGUACCAUCAGUUCCGCACCUGGAAACGCAAUUAUCGCAACAAUGCAAAUGGCUCGACGCAGUGCACCAUUGUGGAUAUAGAGGCGUUGAAACUGCAUCCGGAUGUGGAGGAUCCUGUGCCGGAGUACACCCUAGUAUCUGGAUUGCCCAGCUACGAGGCGGCUCUGGAGCUGCUACAAAAAUCCCCGCAGUCAUCCUGCCUGAUUGUCUAUCCGAGUGUGUUUAAUGUGUUCAAUAAGCAGGAGCGGAGCAGCCAGGAGCUGCAGCAUCCAGGAGUAGCAACAUCAGCACCACCAGCCGCACUCGAGAAUCAGCUGGCACCGCAGACACCUUCGUUUUGUGAUGCCACAAUGCCGCUGCUCCCAGCAACAGCAGCAGCAGCAACACACGCAGCAGCAACAGUAACAGCAGCAACAGCAACAUCUGCAACAUUGGCAGCUUCGCCCACGUGCGAGGCGAUUAAGCCAAACUUUGUGAUGAUGCCAAUUGUGCCCAGUUAUGCGGAGGUAUUCGGCAGCUCGUACAAAACCGUCGACGAGAAAAAGAAAUCGAAGUCGAAAGACAGCCAGUCGAAAGACGAUAUCAAGCGGUAAAGGUAAAAGUGAAGCCCAUGCGGAUACGGAUCCGGAUACCUAGCCAAGCAACUGAGCUCUGUGAUAUUUUCAUGUUCAUGCUGGAAAGACAUACCCAUAUGUAAUUAAACUAAGCGCUGUGAUUAUCAAAAAGACGUAACUAAACAUACUACUCGCUACUAAAUGUGUUAGCUGGAUAGUUUCGCCACAUUGUACUUAAUGAUUUCGUAUCCAGUACUUACGGAAACGCAAAGAUGCAUAUUGUUACUAGACUUAAGUAGGCCACAAACUAAUUAUUAAUAAAUUAUACACUAAACAAUUUAAA